AUGUCCAAUCUUCUAGCGAUCUUGGGCUGGUCCUUUCUCCCCAACCUUGCGACAUCGUGGGUCCAAAGUAUAUUCUACGGUCUAACGAUACGAGCCGGGGACCCAAAGCCUCAGCCAGGCUCACCUCGAUAUGCUAGCCACCGACGGAAAAUACACAUUCUCGUCGUCACCGCCUACCUCCUAUAUACCAUCUACGAAGCCGACUACGAAAUCCAGAAACAAUCCUCCUUUUACACCGACCUCGGCGUCUCCUUCUCAGCCGUCGACCGAGAUAUCAAGUCACGGUUCCGCCGCCUAGCAGCUCUCCACCACCCCGACAAGACCACCGGCGAUACGUCCGGUACAGCUGAGUACUUUCUGCACCUCAAGGUGGCCAGCGAGACACUCCAAGAUCAAGCUAAGCGCUUUGCCUACGAGCGCUUCGGCCCGGACAUCCUGAGGUGGCAGAAGACGAGGUCUAUCCACGAUUUUGUCGUGCGUGGUGUCCUUCAGGUCAUUUUGCCACACUACGGGUUUGCCGCAGCUACCAUCUACGUGCUGAGCUUGUUUGGAUACUUGGAGUUUGGCCAGUUCUACAGGUGGCUUAUCCUGAUCAUCCUUUGCACCUUCGAGGUGCACACCGUCACACGCCCAGGCUUCCCAGUCAUUCUGAACACGGUGAAUGCCAUUGUCCCCAGGGUGACUUCGCACCCGCCCUACUUACCCUUUCAAAUAAUCACUCUUGCGCGGAAAGUCACAAUCACAACUUAUAUUGCAAUGUCGCAAAUCGGACCUCUGGUGGCAACAUACUGGCAGAAGGGGCAAGCGGCAGCUCAUGAAGGAGAGAAGGCCUUGGCCCACAAUCUGGAUCGACUUGAGGCCACAGCAAGAACCCUGGAGGCUGAUUCAGGCCGACUGAUGGACAUGGAGACAGCACCGUUUAGAAAUGACAAAGAGGCUACAGCUAACCUCCGCGGAAAGAUGAAGGAAUGGUUGGUGCAAAACACAAUCCGUGCGGACCCGAUGGUCAGAGACGCCUUGGGUACGUCUUUUAAACGGAGAAGGGUCGACGCGCCUGCAGGUGCCAAAGGAACGAGAUGA